AUGGCCCUGCAGCCCGUUCCCAGAAUGCGGCGCACGCUGCAAAACACACAACACACCUAUUCCCUUGGGCGUCGAAUUUACGAUGUGAAAACAUACCCUGUGCAGUCUCCCCAGGGCGCGACCAUCCUCAUCUACGGCCAUGAGAACGGCGCGACAGUCGUCUGGCGCGGCGGCCGUCGGCUUAAGCCCCCGAAACCCCAGACCAACGAGAAGCGCAACGGCACAAAGCCCGAAGAUGCAGUCAUGAUCAUCGACUCCGACGACGAGACCGGUCCUACCUUCGUCGACAAGCCCGAGUUUGAGGACAGCCCGUCAGUGGCCGACGGCUCCGUCGCUGAGAUCAUCCAGACCCUCGACCUAGCAUUGGGCACCGCAGUUAACCACAUUGCAGUCCUGCCGAUGCCCCCAUGCGCUGCUGAGGACGCGUCCUGGAAUGGCGCCAAUAUCCUCAAGACCAAGAUCGUCUUCGCCGUGACCUGUGCGACCAACGAUGUCUACGUCAUCACCCUACCGCUCACACCCCCGUCUCACGAGGCCAAGGCGAGGCCAGAGCUGCGCAAGUCCCUGUUGGCUGGCAAUGCGGGCAAGGGCGUUUGGGGUGAGACUCUGACGCUGCUGACGGGCCCGAGCCGUUCGUGCAAUGGUGUCGCUAUCAGCUUGGUGAAGCAUAGGUCUAGCUCGCGCAGCCGCUCCUCGGAGAGGAGCGCUGCCCAAGCUGCGCCAAUCACCCGUGUCGUUGUAGCCGCCCAUUCUAGGGAAGCUAGCGGUACCCUCCGGCUGUGGGACGUGCCCUUGGAGGCGAAGCCGGGCACCAUCAAUCGCGUCGAGCCCUUCCAGACCGAAUACCUGCCCUCUCCUCUGACCAGCAUAUCCUUCAACCCGGUUAAUCUUACUCAGCUCCUUACCGUCGCCUCUCCCCAUGCUGUCCGUAUCUACGAUUAUGCUACCGCCUCUCUCCCCUCCGACGACACCUCCGAAGGCCCCUUCCCGUCCCAGGGCUCCUGGCUCAUCUCACUCUACCCUCCCUUCGCUCGCGGCCCAGCUAUGUCGACCUCUCGGAAACCGAUCGUGGCAGCUGAGUGGAUUGCUCGAGGUCGUGCUAUCCUGACUUUGCUUGCUGAUGGCCAAUGGGGCAUUUGGGAUUUGGACGGCGCCAGCCCGACUGCCGCGGGCGGUGGCUCAAACCUCUUCAGUAAAACCAGUGCUGGGCUCCGUGGCACGGCGAUCACGGCGUUCAGUGUCACCGGACAUCUUGAGGGCACAAGCCCGCUUCGGAACCCGACUACCCAGAAGGCGUCGUCCUCGUCAUCGGGAGAGUUCGUCCCGAUGACGCCGCAUACCCGGCGCGAUGCCAUUGCCACGGCUUUCGGGGGUUCUCCGGAGAAGCUGGCGGCUGUCCGUGGCGGCAUUACAGUGGCACAGCUUCCAUCAACACUGACUAGCGGCGCAGGGGACGAAAGCGCUGUCCUCUUUCUGGGCGGUGCCGAUCCUAUUGUGUGCGUGAUCCCAGUCCUAUCCAAGUUCUGGGACUCGCAGCUGCGGCGUGCCGCUGGCGGUGGCGUCAACCUCUGGAGCGGCGCCCAACCAACACGCAUGAUCCGCCUAACAGACCUCUCGGCCGGCCUUCUCGGCGAGCGGUGCACCGGCGCCGUCGCCAUCACGAAGGCUGUUCGCGCCAACGCCAGCACAAACGGCAUUCUCAAGGAAGACGACAACUCCGGCAGCCAGGGUCUACCGAUCGAAGUCCUCCUCCAGGGUGAGAGCCGUCUUGUUAUCGUCCACGAGAACGGGGAUGCCCCGACCAGCUCCCUUACCAGCCGGCUCCUUGGCGCCCGCAAGAAGCAACGCGACGAAUUUAAGUCCGUCAACGCUAUCGUUGCCUACCCACCCCUCGAAAAACCCAGUGUCUCCUUCAACCUCAACCUCACCCAACGCCCCGAAAAACCCGGCACCCUCUUCGCUCCUCGCUCACGUCACUCCAAAUCCCUCUUCGAGCAAUCCAUCGACACGAUCCCGUCGACCGACGCAGGCGAUGAAGAGACCAUCCCGGCCACAUCGGCGCCGUCCAGCCAGCAGGGAUUCAUGUUUGCCACCGAUCUGGAGUUGGCUGCUGAUUUGCCCGACGACGAGGCGGAUGCUGAGGGACGCGAUGUCGAGCAGGAGUUGUUGGAUAUCAUGGAGAUUGAUCGCGAGCUGGAGCAGCUGGAGCAGGCCCGCGAGCGCGCCGAGCUGGGGAAGGACUGCGGAAAGAGCUCGUUAUUUGGCAAGCAGAAGGUUGCGCCAGCGGAGGUCCACUCGCCGCGGGGCGGGUCGAGGGCCCGGGAGAUGAGGGAGUUGCUGCGCUUGAAGCCGGAAGAGUUGCUAGACAGCCCGAAGAUGGAAAAAGUUAAGGAGAGGAUUACGAUCUCGCCUGCUAAGAGAAAGGCGAGCGGCGGGUUGUUGAGGGAGGUGCUGGAACGGAGCGCUAAGCGCAAUCCGGCGCUGUUCCCAGAGAAGUUUUGA